GGAGGGAGAGAGAGAGAGAGGGAGGGAGGUUUCUCGUCAGUGAUCUGCAGAGUCAGUGUUCACAUGCAAACCGGAGCGAACACACACUUUUCAAAUCCCCUGUGGGUUUCUGUUAGAACGACGCGUCGGACGCACAGACCUGACCCUGGAACAGUUAUCAUUUUUAGGGCAUGAAUGAUUUGCUCCGAGGAAGGAGGGAUGAACACUAAAGUCGCUGUUUUUCCAUCUGUGCACCCGUGGAGUAAAGACUCUGCUGCUCCUGCAUGGAUCUUACCUUCACUCCUCCCUGUGCAAAACUCCUCCCUUCCACCCAGUGAGAAAAUGUUCUCUGCUGAACCCGACCCGUCCCUGGACCCUGGGCAGCCGGAGGCCCAGAUGGACUUCUUCCUCAAGCUGGGAUACUCCACGGCACAGGUGCGGUCCGUUCAGCAGAAGUUCGGCCCCAACAUAGACACAGAUAAGGUUCUGGGCGAGCUGAUGAAGAUCGGUGUCAGUCAGGAGGCCAAGCAGGUGCCGCUGACCAUGAUGUCGGUGGUGCUGCCCAGGGGGGACCCCCAAGCCGGGGGCCCCACGCUGCAGCUGCCUGUCACUGUGUCGACUCCUCCGACCAGGGAGGAGAGCAGCGAGGAUGAAGACGCCCUGAGACCCAUCGUGAUCGACGGCAGCAACGUGGCCAUGAGCCAUGGGAACAAGGAAGUCUUCUCGUGUCUGGGAAUCCAGUUGGCUGUGAACUUCUUCCUGGACCGAGGACACACCAACGUCACCGUGUUUGUUCCCUUGUGGAGGAAGGAGCAGCCGAGGCCAGAUGUUCCCAUCGCAGAUCAGCACAUCCUGCUCGACCUGGAGAGGAGGAAGAUCCUGGUGUUCACGCCGUCGCGGCGCGUCGCGGGGAAGCGAGUGGUCUGUAACGACGACUGCUUCAUCGUGAAGCUGGGCUACGAGUCCGACGGCAUCAUCGUGUCCAACGACAUGUACCGGGACCUUCAGGGGGACAAACCCGAGUGGAAGCGCUUCAUCGAGGACAGGCUGCUCAUGUACUCCUUCGUUAAUAACAAGUUCAUGCCACCUGAUGAUCCUCUAGGCCGCUAUGGACCAACUCUGGAGAACUUCCUGAGAAGGUUUCCUAAGACGCAGAAAAAACUCCCGUGCCCUUAUGGAAAGAAAUGCACUUAUGGAAUCAAAUGUAAAUUCCACCAUCCUGAGCGAGCCAAACAGUCCAAUCGCCUGGUGGCCGAUGAGAUUCGGGAAAACGCCAAGCUCCCUUCAGCCGCUCAGAAGCAGUCCUCCGCUGGUUCCAGUCCGGUCCCUGGACAGAGCCUGUUGCUGGUGGAGGACAUGGCCAGGAAACUGAGUCUGGGACACGAGAGCGUCUCCGUGAAGAAAGAUCACAAAACCGAACACGUAUCUCAGGUGAAGACGAGUCACCGCUCCGGCAAGAAGGCGAAUUGCAGGAAAGAAAAGAGCAGCUUCCACUCGUCCUCUGACCACGGAUCAGUGCGUGAGUCUCCAGAGCCGCUGGACUCUGGGUUAGGCUCCAUCGACAGUCAGCCCGUGGAGGCCCCCUGGAUUAAUGAUUACCAGUACGGGGCGACGUACAGGAGCAUCCAGCAUGUCCACAGUGUCCGACAGCAGUGCUGCCCUCCAGCCCCGUGCAGCUGCUCACACGCUCCUCCCUCUCGGGGGAGCGCACCAGCUUUCCAGCACCACAGCCACCAUCAUAGCCUCGGGCCCGUCAGCAGCCACGGCUCGGAUAUCACCCCGUACGGCCAGCAUCAUUACCAGGGCUACAGUGCGUACCCGGUCAGCGCGCCUGCUGCAUACAGUCAGCCGGCGGAUUACCAGCACAGCAGAGUCCACCACCGACAGCAGCAGCAGACGUACUGGUCCGAUCCGUUUGGGGGUCAUACUCCAGUGGCCCACCGCCUGCAGGGGGAGCACUCCCAGUGGGAGCCCCCUCAGGCGACCCAACCCAGCAGAGAGGAGCGAGAGGUCGUUCGCAAGAAGCUCCUGGCCAUCUUCAGCGCCCACCUGGUGGACACGGCCAUGGAGAUGUUCCCUCAGUCCAUGGAUCCACAGAUGCUUGUCGCUGAGAUCCUCCGGCUGCAGAGUCAGAACCGGCCCCUGAGAUGAGCCCGUCCGGCCUGAACACACGUCUUUCAGUGCAAAGACUUAAACAGCUGCAGAAAUUGUGAUAAACAUGAGUUUCUGUAUUUUUGUAUUGUGGUAUCCACCUUGCUAUAAAUAGUUUUUUUUGCAGUAUGCAGUUGAUACAAAUUGUAUCUUUAAUUAAAAUGUACAAAGAAAAGUGGAUUUUAUGGCAACUUGUUGGGGCUAACAGGGGGUAGCACCCUGAUACUCCCACUCAAUGUCCACUUUAUUAGGUACACCUGGACUGUCGAAUUCAUCCAGUCCACCUCCUGCUCUAUCUAGGACCUCAAUGAUAAAAGUAUAGUCGAACUUGCUUAGAACCGUUGUAUUGGUCUAUCACAGUGUACCUAUUAAACUGGCCACUGAGUGUAUCGAGUGGCCUGGAUGAGAUGAAUGUAAAGAUGUGUUUGUGUCAUAUUGGCACCGUUCAGCAUUUAUGCUCUCACAGCCGAUUGGCCAACGCCUCAGUUAAUGUGUCAUGGUGAAAUAAUAAUAAUGACCUCUUACUGUGAUUCACAAUUAUUAUUAUUAAAUCUCACAGAUGAUGAGAUUUAAAUCUGCUGUUUUAAUGCUUUCUAUUCUCUGCUCAGUGUAUUUCUGCCGGGGUCUGAACUAGCUGUAGAUACUCGAGUGUCGGCACUGGGCAGAUUUUAUAGUUUACUUUUCUUUGACAUAGAUCAUGAGAAAAUACAUGUUUCAUAACAGUUUGUCAGUUGCUUGUCAGUUAGACACAGACGUACAGUGGGUUAUUUAUAGUCACAAUAAUAAGCCACAAAUUGACUUAAUGGUUAUUGAAAAUGACAAACAUGGAUCGCUUUAAUUUCAAUGACAAUGAUGAAUU